UACCGAAGGGCGGGUGGGGCUGGCUCAGGUUUUGAAACUGAAAAACAACGCAAGGAUGGAGCAUACACAACAUCUCUAUAGAACUGAAGAUGACCUGAAGAACUUCUGCAUAAGAGUGCAUCUGUCCAAAGUGAGCCAUGGUGGAAGAAUGGCUGGCAGUAAUACUCAUCAGCAAGAGGCAGAAUCAUACAUUUUCUCCUGGCAGAAGAAGGCUUUUAGCCAGCGAGAAUAUGAAUUUUAUGGUGAUGCCUACAACUGCACUAGUGCCCUUGAGAGUAGAUACAGCAGAGACAUUGCCAGGCUGAGGCAAGAGGGUGGGAGACAAAAUGGCAGGCUCUUUUGCUACAUUGAAGGAGACCAACCCAACAUCCCUGCAGAGCUGUGUGGGAGUCCAAAUGUCGUAGAGCCAAGUCAGUCAGAGCCAACUUUUGCCUCUCGGUACUUCAGCAGCUCAGCCAUCAGGAGAAGACGACCUCCCCGGAAACAACUGCUGGCAGGUGUGGGAGACGAAGAGCCUGUUCUGGAGCGACCCACUGUGGAGGAGAGACUGGCCCAUCGUGUACCCACACCUCCCCUACAGUCCAUGUACAUCAUGGCCGACCUUACCCACUCCGUGGAAGGGAUUGAUAUAUGGGAGGAGCACCUUCUCUGCCUCAUCCAGGUGGAUGAUGGUGGAGCAGUCUCUGUGAAACCAGACUUCAACAGUGGGCAGACUCCGUACAGAAUUGAGACCAGAAACAGAGAUGUGUAUGAGUAUCGACUGCACCAGGUGAUGGAACCUGUACCUCCAGAGCACAUAGACCAGGAGAAGAACCUACAGGAAGAGAUCUACCGCAGAAAGGCCGAGCAACUUCACAAUCUUGUUGGCACGCAAUUCGCUGAUCCUCCAGAGGGAGGUGCUUUGUCCGUUGUCUUGCUAGGUGAAAUAGUGUCUGCACAAGGGUUUGAAUACAAUGACAUCUAUGUCACCGCACAGCUACAGCUCCCUGAAUGUAAGCUAAUGAUCGCUAACACCGCAUCACAGUGCCUACUACUUCUCCUGCCAUGCUCGUGUUGUGUUGUGUGUGUCGUUGCCAGUCUGGGAGGUCAGUGGAGACCAAGAGUUGUCCGUUGUGACACAAAUCUCCAGAACAAAGUCAAAACACUUGUACAAUGUUGCCAACUUCAACUGUCCGUUUGAGUACGAUCUCAUCUACCACAACAUUACAACCAUAGAAGAUGAUCUGGCUCACUGGCCGUGUGUACUGAUGGAGGUAUGCUCCCUGGAUUCGUGGGACAGGCACAGAGUGGAGGGGUAUGGCCACCUACCUCUUCCCAGCUCACCCGGAGUGCACGAGGUUGAGGUGGGGACAUGGAGACCAAGUGGUACCCCAGUAGUGGACACACUGAGGAGGUUCUUUGUGGGCGGGGCCUCGAGACUGAGGGAAAUGUCGUACAUCUCCAAACCUUCUGACUUUGAGGGAAGGCACCUAAGUAAGUAUGGAUUUCAGACCGAGUCAUCUGGUACUGUCGACUUCAGAUUCAACAUUAUUCAUCAAAGCAGCUCAAGUGUGCAGAGGUUUCAAUCAGAGCAGUUGAAUCAUGCCAUUAGCAGACAUGGUGGCCUGAGGACGUCCCUUGCUGCCACACUAGAUGUCUUCCAACGAGCAAGACAGAAAGCUGCAUCAGUAGCAGCCACUCUCAACUACUAACAAUCUCAUACAACCACUAUAUAUCAUUUUCGAGACUUAUUAUCAUUGCUCUACAAUACCCCUACCGUACUUAGUGAUUUGUCCUAUAAUGCGUGGGGAUUUCAAAGUGGUUCAUACGUAUUAAGCAGGUAUUUCGUGUUCAUGUUAACGAGGUUCCACUGUACAUAGAUCAUUAUACUGCACACAUGCACACAUAAUUCUGAGACACUAUCAGUCGGUCAUACACAAU